CCUCGCCCGGCGAGCAUGCGCGCUCGUUUCCACUGCCCCGGGCUCUGCGUCUGCGCACUGCCCAGCGGAGCCGGAGCUCUGUGGCGGCGGCGGCGGCUGGGGGAAAUGGCGGCCGUGGUGCUGGUGUCGGUGGAGAGCAGCUCGGGGGUGGUACCGGGCGGGAGCCCGGCUGCGUGUGGGGCUCCCGCGGGUCCCUGUGGGCCGGGUUCGUGGAGCCGGGCCCUGGACCGGGCCCUGGAGGAGGCGGCGGUGAGCGGGUCGCUGAGCCUGAGCGGCAGGAAGCUGCGGGACUAUCCGCGGGGCAGCGCCGCCAACCACGACCUGAGCGACACCACGCAGGCCGAUUUGUCACGGAACAGACUCUCGGAGCUUCCUGCAGAAGCUUGUCAUUUUGUUUCCCUUGAGAGCCUUAACUUGUACCAGAACUGCAUUCGUUAUAUCCCAGAGGCCAUCCUGAACCUACAGUCUUUAACAUUUCUAAAUAUCAGUCGAAACCAGCUUUCAACAUUGCCAGUACACAUGUGUAGUCUACCGUUGAAAGUUUUGAUAGCAAGUAAUAAUAAGUUGGUCUCACUACCUGAAGAAAUUGGACAGCUCAGACACCUGACAGAGCUUGAUGUGAGCUGUAAUGAAAUACAGACAAUACCUCCACAGAUUGGCAGACUGGAGUCUUUGCGUGACCUGAACAUCAGGAGAAAUCAUUUGGUGCAUUUACCUGAAGAACUUGCAGAAUUGUCUUUGAUUCGAUUAGAUUUCUCCUGCAAUAAAAUCACAACAAUCCCUGUUUGUUAUCGGAACCUCAGGCAUCUUCAGACAAUCACACUAGACAACAACCCUCUACAGUCACCCCCUGCACAGAUAUGCAUAAAAGGAAAAAUCCACAUAUUUAAAUACCUGAACAUAGAAGCGUGCAAGAUAGCUCAAGACUUGCCUGAUUAUGAUAGGAGGCCCAUGGGAUUUGGCUCUUGCCAUGAGGAACUGUACUCCAGUCGUCCGUAUGGAGCACUAGAUUCUGGUUUCAAUAGUGUGGACAGCGGAGACAAAAGAUGGUCAGGGAAUGAACCUACAGAUGAGUUCUCAGACCUCCCUCUGCGAGUGGCAGAGAUCACUAAAGAGCAGAGACUGCGAAGAGAGAGAGAGUACCAGGAAAACCGAGGGAGCACUGUUGUAACUAAUGGUGGAGUGGAACAUGAUCUGGAUCAGAUUGACUAUAUUGAUAGCUGUGCCACUGAAGAGGAAGAGGAAGAGGUGAGGCAACCCAAGUGCAUGGAGUCAGAGAGCCUCAGCUCACAAUUCAUGGCAUAUAUUGAACAACGGCGAAUCUCUCAUGAGGGCUCACCAGUAAAGCCAGUACCCAUCAGAGAUUUUCAGAGAACAGAAGAUACAAGACGAUACUUGCAUCAAAAUAGGGAUACUGAUGAAUUACGAAGACCAGAAACACUAAGCUUGAUGCAGGACAGAGAGCGACACCAAGGACAAAGGAGUUAUGUGGACAAGGCAGAGAGAGCCCCAGCUGAUUCAUCUUACCUUCUGUCUCUGUCCAGCAACCACAAUCAGAUCUCUCAUACAGAUGCUGAACUUCACCGAAGGCGAGAGCACGUAGUGGAGCGCACUCGGAGAGAAGCCCAGCUUGCAGCACUUCAGUAUGAGGAGGACAGGAUGAGGACGAAACAGAUCCAGAGGGAUGCUGUGCUUGACUUUGUCAAACAAAAGGCAUCCCAGAGUCCUCAGAAGCAAAGUCCUCUGGAUAGUGAGUGUCCUUUUCCAUCCAGAAGGUCUCAGCACACUGAUGAUAGUGCCUUGUUAGUGAGUGAUGACAGAUCUACUAUAUCACCAGGUUCACCUACUACUCAAACAGUCCAUCUUUCCUCUCUGUAUCCUGGCCCUGCCGCUCCUCCUUCCUAUAGAAACCCUUCCCAGCGACCUGAGAGUUUCCUUUUCCGAGCAGCUGUAAGGGAUGAAAUUAACAAAGUUGUUGCUUCAUCUCCCUCUUCUGCCUCAUGUCCUCCUAAUGAUUCUACAGACCCUAGAGCAAGGCAGAACUCCAAGCAACGUGAGGAAGAGUUGGAACUAAUAGAGCAACUGCGGAAGAAUAUUGAGUCACGGUUAAAAGUGUCUUUGCCCAGUGAUCUUGGAGCAGCUCUUACUGACGGAGUUGUUCUCUGCCACUUAGCCAAUCAUGUGUGGCCUCGAUCUGUUCCCAGCAUCCAUGUCCCCUCUCCUGCUGUACCUAAGCUAACAAUGGCAAAAUGCAGACGAAAUGUGGAGAAUUUCCUGGAAGCUUGCAGAAAGAUUGGUGUGCCUCAGGACAAUCUUUGUUCCCCUUCUGACAUUCUUCAGCUAAACCUCAGCGUUAAAAGGACAGUUGAAACUCUUCCUUCCCUGGGGACAGAGUCAGAAGAAUCCACUCUUGUCUCUCUUCCCAUCCAGCUUGGGGGCUUUGCGGCAUUUUACUGUACUUUAAUGCUAACACUCUGUAUGUUCUAUCGCUGGGUCUUUUUCCUCUAGCUGAAGGACAGUGGUGCUGCUGAAUCACUACAUCACUUCAGCGAUUGGUAAAGGCUUUGUUUUGGCAAGAACUGUUUGGAUAAGUGCAGUGCAUUCUUUCUGCUAACCAGUCAGAGUUGACAUGUACAAUGUAAAAACGCUCUUUGGUACACCCACCUGACAAUCUGUGACAUUGUUACAAGUUUGUAUUUGUGUGAUGUUUAGCAAGCGUUCUGCUUACAAGGGGAGGCAUUACUGUCCAGUGGCUAGAGUAGGGGACUAGGAUUUAGUGCACUGGGUUCUAGUCACAACUCUCUUGAAUGGCUGUGUAACAUGGGAAAAUCACAGCUCCACUGUACCUCAGUUUCCACAGUUGUAAAAUGGGAAUACCACCCGCAAUUAUAAAGAGCUUUGAGUUCCUCUGAUGAAAAGUGAUAUAUACAUGUGCAAAGUAUUGUUUUUUCUUUACAUGUCGCUGUGCCUUGUUAUAUCUUACUGUCUUAGGAGACGCAGCCUAUGAUUCUUUUUAUCAGGACUAGAGUUAUUUUUACAAGCCUGUUUCCUUAACUCUUUUUGCUAAGUCUUGGAUUUCCUGUAUUGCUAGGUUCUGAAUAGCAUCUCAUUUGACUAUGGCGAUGUCUACACUACAGAGCGCACAGCGGCACAGCUAGACCACUACAGCAGUGCCACUGUAAGGUCUCCCGUGUAGCCGCUCUUUGCCGGCAGGAGAGAGCCCUUCUGCCAGCAUAAUUAAACCACCCCCAAUGAGCAUCUCCUGCCAACAUAGCUCUGUCCACACCAGCACUUUUGCCGGUGAAACUUAGGUCAGUCAGGAGGUGUGGUUUUUUGCACACCCCUGACCAACAAAAGUGGUGGUGCAGACAAAGCCUAAAAAUAGGCACUUAGGCUGACCGUGAAUCCUGAGCUGCUUCACCUUACGAAGGCUUUGUCUACGCUGGCGUUUGCCUCGUUAAAACUUCUGCUGCUCAGAGGUGUAAAAAAACACACCCCAAAUGACUAAAAGUUUUAACGAUGAAAAGCACUGGUGUGGACAGCACUUUGUUGGUGGGAUGAAGCUACUGCCCCUCUUUGGAGGAGCUCUCUCCCAGCGAAAAAGAGCAGCCACACAGCGCACCUUACAACGGCACGGCUGCAGCGACACAGUGUACACAUAGCCUAAUACAUCAAGCCUGGAGUUUGUAGAGGAGUUGAACUUUUUCAUGCACACUGGGAAAAAUCUGGUUCCUGGUGGAAGAUGAGCUAUCAUGGGAUAUUACUGUGGUCCUCAUAGCAAACUUCUGGAGCAGCCACUUGAUUGGUGUGAGCUCAAACUCAACCUUAUUCCAUAAGUCUCUUCCUCCUCCUCAUGAUCAGAAUCUUUGCAUCAUAGAAUUGUGGGCUAAAAGCUCUAAUAACAUAUUCACUCUUCAUUGGUUUGCAAAACUCAGGUAGUUUUCAGAAUUUUUCAGCUGCACACUGCAUUCUGUUGCUUUCAUGCAUUCUCAGGGAGACCGUGAUCCAUAAAUCGGAUGUCAAAAGGAGCAGACAAAGUCCAUCCAACUUUUUCUUUUGACACCAAACUAAUUAUCUGCCUUUUUCUGUUGUUUGCUAUUGUUUUAAUGGGACUGUCACGUGAACUCUAUAUUAGAGCCCCAUUUCCUUCAGGGUUUGUCAACAAAAGUAGUUAGACACUGAUCCAUUCUGUUUCAUUAUUUGCAGAGCCGCUACAUGGAGCUCACUAUUUACUUUUUUUUCUGGGCAGUAUUAUCUAGCCUGGUGCUUCUCAAUCAGUCAUCCUUCAAAUUUCUGUAACUUGUACUCAACCUGCCUCUUCCCUAACUAGAUGAAGAGCUUCCAUGUUGGGUGCCAGUGCACCACUGCCAUGCGUCCAUGUGGGGAAGGGAGUUAUUAUUUACUGUGAAGCUUGGACUCCUUUGAAAAUCAGUGUCAUGUUUGCAAGAGUGGCAUUUGGACCGCACAAGCUCUGUUCCAGGUUAGACCAACCACAGUGGUGGCAAUGAUCAGUUCCGCUGCAGUCCUAGCCCAGUACAUGGAUUGUUACCCACAAAGGCUGGGACCCAUUAGACUAGUUUUUAAUCCAGAUUUGGCACAUCUCUCCUGCUAAGUUAUUGAAUGUUUAGACAGAGUUCCCAUUUUGCCCUCCCACUUGAUUCAAGUCAGAGUUCCAAAAAUGUCUUUGAGCUUCAGGGCACUCCUGACGCUGUGUGCAAGAGACCAUGUCUCCCCAGUGUAGAUGUCCUUUUCUGAAUGUGUUUCAAUGAAUUCUUCUUAAUCCUAAGAAAAUAUGGUCAACCGUUCUUAAACCCAUCUUAGCUGCUGCAGUCCAGUGUUUCAGCAGUAGUAACACAGUAGUAAGUCUGAAGCACUGCAUCAUACAUAGCUGAGUUGCAAAUGCUGUAAUUGCCAUUGAAAAUGUUUUUUUAAUAUGCAUGGUCUGCUGAUCCUUAUAAUAAAAGUUGGGCUAAUGAACCUAAGAGUAGGUUAAUGGGAGUUGCCUGCCUCCUUUUCAUAUCACAUUGUGAUUUGACACAGAACACUCCUGUCUGGGAAUUCUGCCUGAGGAGAACGUGCUUGUUUUCCCCCACAAAAGCAGGAUUACAGUUAUUUUAAAAAAUUGACCAUUGGAGCUGUUUUUGCACUGUUUACUGGUAUGGACUAAAACUAACUCAAUUGCCUAUAUUAACUUCUCUUAAUGAACACUGUGAUUAAAAACUGCAAGGGUUUACAAUAACGGUGCCUUCCAGUUUUAAGCCUUUUUGUCUAUCUCUGUGGUAUGGAUUCAUUCCAAAUCGUUUCCCUGUGUUUAUAUAUUUUUAAAAGGCUGAAAUCCACAGAUAUUUUAUUGGUAAUUGUACUUCUUUCUAGUCUCUUGUUUAUUGGAACUUUAAAGGUGUCAGUCUGGUACCUGUCUUACCUCAAGAAUUUCAGGGUUGCACUCAAGGUCUCCACAUGAGGAGUCCAGGCUCUGAUCACUCACACAUUGCCAAGAAUUUGAAGGUUUUUUUUUCAAGUCUUCACAGAAGAUGCAAGCAGUGUAGAAAAUCAGCUUGCCAUGUGCAUAUGUAAAGAAAUGUAUAAAGAUUCUCCAGGGGUUUAUAGAGUGACCAAAUAUGGGGUAUCAGGUUUGUUUUUUUUAAGUAGAAAUGCAAGGACCUGAUUCUGCAUUUGACUCUACAUGGUUGGACCCCUGCAUGAAGCCUCACUGAGGUCAGUGGGAUUCUGCCUGAGCACAGGCAGAGAGCCUCUGUGGAGUUGGUUGCAAGAUCAGGCCCUAAACUCAGAUUAUACAUACAACAAUACAAUUCCGUAAAUGCCUUGAAAGCUCAUUCCACACUAGAUAUUUUUAAAUACUACUACUUAAUAAGGGUGCUUUUCUGAGGUGACUUGUAUUAAAAAAGAGUGUCUGAAAGAUGAAUAACUGAUAGCUCAAGAACGACCCUUUUUUAUUCCUAUAUUGAGGAUAUUUGCCUUUAAAAUAUUCCUGGUAAUUCUUCAUUGUAUUAUUUUUAACAGUAAGAACAGCACUUUUAACAGGUAUCAUUUUUAGGGCUGUCAAGCGAUUAAAAAAAAUUAAUUGCGAUUAAUCGCACUGUUAAACAACAAUAGAAUACUAUUUAUUUUAAAACUACAUUUUCAAAUUUAUUAAUUUCAAUUACAACACAGAAUACAUUUAUUUAUUUAUUACAAAUAUUUGCACUUGUAAAAAAACAAAAAUUAUUUUUCAGUUCACCUCAUACAAGUACUGUAGUGCAAUCUCUUUAUUAUGAAAGUUGAAGUUACAAAUGUAGAAUUAUGUAAAAAAAAAAAACUGCAUUCAAAAAUAAAACAAUGUAAAACUUUAGAGCCUACAAGUCCACUCAGUCCUACUUCUUGGUCAGCCAAUAACUCAGACAAACAAGGUUGGUUAAAAUGUUUAGGAGAUAAUGCUGCGUGCUUAUUGUUUACGUCACCUGAAAGUGAGAACAGGUGUUUGCAUGGCACUGUUGUAGCUGGCGUUGCAAGAUAUUUACGUGCCAGAUGCGCUAAAGAUUAUAUGUCCCUUCAUGCUUCAACCACCAUUCCAGAGGACAUGCUUCCAUGCUGAUGAUGGGAUCUGCUCGAUAACGAUCCAAAGUAGUGCGGACUGAUGCACGUUCAUUUUCAUCAUCUGAGUCAGAUGCCACCAGCAGAAGGUUGAUUUUCUUUUUUGGUGGUUUGGGUUCUGUAGUUUCCACAUCAGAGUGGUGCUGUUUUAAGACUUCUAAAAGCAUGCUCCACACCUCAUCCCUCUCAGAUUUUGGACAGCACUUGAGAUUCUUAAACCUUGGGUCGAGUGCUGUAGCUAUUUUUAGAAAUCUCACAUUGGUACCUUCUUUGCGUUUUGUCAAAUCUGCUGUGAAAGUGUUCUUAAAAGGAACAUGUGCUGGGUCAUCACUCGAGACUGCUGGAACAUGAAAUAUAUGGCAGAAUGUGGGUAAAACAGAGCAGGGGACAUACAAUUCUCCCCUCAAGAAGUUCAGUCACAAAUUUAAUUUUUUUAACAAGCAUCAUCAGCAUGGAAGCAUGUCCUCUGGAAUGGUGGUCGAAGCAUGAAGGGGCAUACAAAUGUUUAGCAUAUCCAGCAUGUAAAUACCUUGCAAUACUGGCUACAAAAGUGCCAUGCGAACACCUGUUCUCACUUUCUGGUGACAUUGUAAAUACGAAGUCGUCAAUGUAAACAAACUUGUUUGUCUUAGAGAUUGGCAGAAUAAGAAGUAGGACUGAGUGGACUUGUAGGCUCUAAAGUUUUACACUGUUUUGUUUUUGAGUGCGGUUAUGUAGCCAAAAAAAAAUCUGCAUUUGUAAGUUACACUUUCACGAUAAAGAGAUUGCACUACAAUACUUGUAUGAGGUGAAUUGAAAAAUACUAUUUCUUUUGGCACCUUAGAGACUAACCAAUUUAUUUGAGCAUAAGCUUUCGUGAGCUACAGCUCACUUCAUCGGAUGCAUCCGAUGAAGUGAGCUGUAGCUCACGAAAGCUUAUGCUCAAAUAAAUUGGUUAGUCUCUAAGGUGCCACAAGUACUCCUUUUCUUUUUGCGAAUACAGACUAACACGGCUGUUACUCUGAAACCUGUCGCUAUUUCUUUUGUUUAUAAUUUUUACAGUGCAUAUAUUUGUAAUCAAAAAUAAUAAUAUAAAGUGAGCACUGUGCACUUUGUAUUCUGUGUUGUAAUUGAAAUCAAUAUUGAAAAUGUAGAAAAACAUCCACAAAUAUUUAAUAAACUUCAAUUGGUAUUCUAUUGUUAUAAGUGUGAUUAAUCGCGAUUAAUUUUUUUGAGUUAAUCGCAUGAGUUAACUGUGAUUAAUUGACAGCCGUAAUCCUUUUCGAAGGCCAAUCAAUCAUGCAUAUAAACAAGACCUUAUUUUGCCAUAAAACAAGUUGUGUGCUCUUCUAUUUUCUUCUUUCGCAUGGCUUUCUGCUGUGUGUCUAGUAGGAAAGAUCAGACCAGAUGUGUGGUGUGUUGUUUUAAGAGGGUUUUCGUGCAGUUAAUAUAUCUCUUGCUGUUGAGAAGAACUGCUAUUAAGCAUGUGAAUACUUCCCAGAUUUAUUGCACAAUAUUUCCAAAGCACAUGCUAAUAUCUCAGUAUUUGUUAAAAGCUUUAAAAAGUGUGUUUGCAUAUUCAUAUCUGGUAGCUGAACGCGACAGUGUUGUGAGGACUCCCCCACAUCCCUGUUGUGUUACGGAAAUGUAAACACCAUUCCUGUUGUAUUCUUGAUCUGUGAUCAUGUUUACCAGAUUGAAAUAAAGGCCCCACUCCCCAGAGUCAGUCCAAUUCUGAUUUCAUCAAGUGAUAUCAUUUGACUGGGGUAAGGGCAAAUGUGCGGUUUCCCUCUUCUCACCUGUCCCCGAAAACUGUCCUUAUUUGUACAUAUAUUCUUCAUGAGUGCUGAUGAAUAAACUAACAAAGUGAUUGUCCAAGAGUUUGCUGGUUUGUUACCUUGUACUUUGUUACAUUUACAGCUGGCUUAUCCAUAGGUAAAGAUUUACUUCCAUAGAUAUUUUUGUUUAGGUGUCCAUACCAUUCCAUAUUUCAGUCUCCUUCCGCUUGUUUAAUUUGCAUUUUUUUUCUUUUCUUUUCAGUUAAGUGGUUUUCAUCCCUUUUCUUUGUUUUUGUCUUUUUGUUGUGUUUGUCCC